AGUGACAGUCAGUCAAUAAAGUUGUACUGAAAUCCGCAAAUAAUUUUGUUUUUUUUUUUCAAGUUUUGGUUAAUUUACAACUAUUACAUUAAUUUUGGUGAAACUAACAUAAUGACUGGUCAUGUAUCUAUCAGACUUGCAUCUGAACGAGUUAACGCGUGCGUCGCAACAGGCACUGAACUCCCACGAUUUUAUACACCUGGAGAGGUUAUAAGUGGCGUACAAGAUUUUAUGCGUGGUCAUGGAACAUAUGCUGAAGAUGACUGCCUUAAAGCUUCUGUUGCUGGUGUUAUGCAAAAAGUGAACAAAUUGAUUUGUAUUCGACCUUUGAAAAGUCGUUACGUCGGAGAAAUCGGAGAUGUGAUUGUGGGACGUGUUCUUGAGGUGCAGCAACGUAGAUGGAAAGUCGAAACUAAUUCAAGAUUAGACUCUGUUCUGCAACUUUCAGCUGUUAAUCUACCUGGAGGAGAACUGCGCCGUAGGUCUGCUGAAGAUGAGCAAAUGAUGAGGAAACACUUGCAAGAAGGUGAUCUUAUUAGUGCAGAAGUUCAAAGUAUAUUUUCUGAUGGAUCACUUUCAUUACAUACAAGAAGCUUAAAAUAUGGCAAGUUGCCCCAGGGUACACUAAUAAAAGUUUUCCCAUCUCUGGUUAAAAGAAGAAAAAAUCAUUUUCACAAUCUGCCUUGUGGAAUUUCAGUUAUAAUUGGUAAUAAUGGUUACAUAUGGAUUAGCCCACAAAAACAAGACAUAAUGGUUGAAGAGAACACAGAUGAAAUUGAGAAUUAUGAUAUGCAGCCAGUAACAAGAUCAGACAGAGAAACAAUGGCAAGGAUCAAGAACUGCAUUGCAGCACUAGUAGCCUCCAAGAUGAUGCUAGAUGACACAAGUAUUAUGUUUGCUUAUGAAGAGAGUUUGAAAUAUGAGUCUGUGAAGGAUUUACUAGAUCCAGAAGCGAUGUUAGAUGUAGCUUUUUUAACACAACAUAGAAUAAACAACAUUAUGGAAGAAUGAAAUGCUUGUAAUCAUUGAACUUAUAGUAAUGAUACCAGCAGUUAAGGUGAAGAAAGGGAGAUCUCUCUUGUGAAAUGUCCAAUACCAAGUAGAAAAUGUACUUGCUAGCAUCAUAUCUGAGACACCGCUGAUGAAAAACAUAGUCCAGAAAAAGGCAAGCAAAUUGACGACUGCAAAGAAAAAUGAAACAAGGCUUUCAAUGGUAACCAGGCAACCGCCUAGGUAGUUAGGCAUUUGGGAGGUGGCUU